AUGUCCAACAAGGCUGCUGGCUCCGACCAAAACGUCCGCUUUCUGGUUGCUUGCAUCAACCACAGCACCAACGGAAAGCCAAACUUUGAACUCGUUGCCAAAGAGCUCGACAUCGUGUCCAAGGGCGCUGCAACUAAGCGGUAUGAGCGUCUUCUCAAGUCCAUUGCCAGCGCUCCCAAGCCGACUGCCGCCGCUACCACCACCGCCGACGACGACGAUGGCGAUGAAGCAGAGCCGGCCAAACCACCGGCCAAGAAGCGCAAGGCACCUGCCGCUCCCAAGGCCUCGGCCGUGAAGAAGGCCAAGACGGCUACGCGCGCCAAGAAGCCCCAGGUUAAGGACGAGGGGGAAGAAAAAGAAGAAGAAAAGGUGGACGUCAAGGCCGAGUCUGACUCUUCCCUGUCUGGUACGUGCUACUGA